AUGCAUGAGGAAGCGGCUCCUGGAGACAGAUGUGGGAUGUGCUCCCCGAACAUCUGGCUGCAGGAGAUCGAGUCUCCUCUGUGGCGCCCCGGCUACAUCAGCCCCUCCAGGCCGAGCGCUCCAACAGUGCGGGACCUGCAGCAGCUGGUGGCGGGUUUUCACGCUCGCUGCACGAGCACAGGCGACUCCUUGGAUCCAUCCUUUUCAGGCUGCACAGUUCUGAGGCCGGCGGCGUUUAGACCCAGUAUGGAGGCAGAGAGCGCGCGUCCGCGGCCCGGCGCCGUGGAGCGGACGCAGGAGGACGGAGCGACGGAGACAUCAGCAGAUGGUGGUGUUUCGAUGGCUGACUCCACAGUUACGGUCGAGGACAUCGAAGGAGAGCUGUUGAGAAUCGAGCGGAUACGAGAUGUCCUUGUCCGGAGAGAGUCCGAGCUGAGAUACAUGAUGGACGACAUCCAGCUCUGCAAAGAAAUCACACAGCUGAAGAAGGAGCUGCAGAAAUUCAUCUCAAUUCCAGACAAAGACAAAGUGCGAGGGGAGUGGGAGAGAGAAGAGCAGCUGCUGCUCCAGAUCAACAAGCUGGUGGAGACCAGAGGCUUCCUGGUGGAUGACCUGGAGCUGGAGCGGCUGAGGGAAAUAGAGGAGGACCGAGAAAUGGCCGCCUUCUUACAGUUCAAACCUCCCAAAGCACCGGCUGCAGGAGGUGCUUUACAAGAUCAGAAGGCGGCGUCCGGAUCACAGCAGGCAUCGGUGCCGCUUCUCACUAAAACUGGACUUGCGCUGCUGAAAGACUGCUGCAGCUUCACCUGCUCCAUCAUGUAACACUGGAGUCUAUCUGUGUCUAGUAUUUGUUACAUAGUCUGUCCAUACAUCAUCUAGACCGCUUAUCGUGGCCAGGGUCACAUGGAGCCAACCCCAGCAGACACUGGCUGAGAGGAGGGGUCCACCCUGGACCGGUCGCCAGUCUGUCACAGGGCUGACACGUAAACAACACAACGCUGGACGGUUCACUGGUUACACAAUGCUGCAAUUUUGUCUUAACUGGGUUUUUUUCUGUUUUUUAGCUGAUUUUAAUGUUAAUACUUUCAAUUAACAACAUUUGUGUUUGAGAU